CCAUUCAUUAGCUACGUAGCGGCGAUGGCAUCUCUUAGGACGGCACUUCAUGGACGGUUCAUUCAAGCCAUCCCCUACUCUAUGGGGUCGUUGCGGUUUUCCAGCUCAUUCAAGGCCGCAGACCUCACUAUCGAGCGCAACACUGCGGGGAAGCCCAAGCCAGACCCCGCCUCCCUGGUGUUUGGCAAGCAGUUUUCAGACCACAUGCUGACCAUCUAUUGGUCAGAGAAAGAGGGCUGGAAGGUUCCCCAGAUCAAGCCCUUUCAGAACCUGUCGCUGCACCCUGCCACCUCUGCCCUGCACUACUCCAUAGAGCUGUUUGAGGGCAUGAAGGCGUUCAGAGGGGUGGACAACCACAUCCGUCUGUUCAGACCCAACCUGAACAUGGAGAGGAUGCACCGCACUGCUGAACGCAGCUGUCUCCCUUUGUUUGAUAAGGUGGAGCUGUUGGAGUGCAUCAGGAAGCUGGUGGAGGUGGACCAGGACUGGGUCCCCUACUCCCUAGACGCCAGCCUCUACAUCAGACCCACCUACAUUGGGAUUGAGCCUUCCCUGGGUGUGUCGAGGUCCAGCCAAGCCCUACUAUUUUGCAUCGUGGGUCCUGUAGGGCCCUACUUUACCACAGGGGCCUUCAGCCCAGUCUCUCUGCUGGCAGACCCAAGCUAUGUCAGGGCCUGUAGAGGGGGGGUCGGAGCCUACAAGAUGGGGGGUAACUAUGGGCCUACUAUAUCAGUGCAGAAUGAGGCCAUAAAGCAGGGCUGUCAGCAGGUCCUGUGGCUGUAUGGAGAGCAGGAGGAGAUCACAGAGGUCGGCACCAUGAACCUCUUCAUCUACUGGACGAAUGAGGGAGGAGAGAGAGAGUUGCUGACUCCUCCUCUAGAUGGCAUCAUUCUCCCAGGAGUCACCAGACAGUCUCUGCUAGACCUGGCCAGAGAAUGGGGAGAGUUCAAAGUGACAGAGCGCACCAUGGGCAUGAAGGAGCUGCUCGGUGCUCUGGACUCAGGCAGGAUUACGGAGGUGUUUGGUGCAGGGACGGCCUGUGUGGUCUGUCCCGUCGGCAGCCUGCUCUACAAAGGGAAGACCUACCAAAUUCCUACAAUGCAGAAUGGUCCAGACUUGGCCAAGCGAUUCCACAAAGAGCUGACAGACAUGCAGUAUGGCCGGAAACAGAGUGAAUGGGCACCACUGGUCGUUUAAUUGGCAGUUUGCACAUGCCAAUCAUAUCGUGACCAGUCCUCCACUCAAUCUUCAAGACCAGCAGUUUCAGCACACCCCAUAAUGCACUCCUUCUGAUAGGCUGGCAGACCGGCAGAGAUGAACAGGUCACGUCUGUUACUCUUGGUGUUUCUGCGGGGACUUGUAAAGGGAUAGGGUUAGUCUGUCAUUCAAAUGUUGCAACUUGCAUGGGAUACCGACAGUUACACAAUACUGUAUAAGUAAUGCUGUGAAACGUCCGCAGCCUCGGUUCAACCAACCUAGUCUGUAUUUCUGUGUUAGGAACAAAGUCGGUCUUUUUCUUAUUCAGUCCUUUAUCAUACUGUAGCACAGGUUACAGAAGAAAUCGUCCUCCCAAGCUUUUUAAUAAACACUACCUGAGAUGGUCUAUAGGGUUGUCCAUGCUAUUAGACACAAACUGAUGUAUUGUUGUAAUAGUUUAAAUAUGCAAUACGCACAACUAUUGUAGGGGAUUACUGGUAAGUUAUUGGUCAUUUGCAAUAUGGGAAUAACUUUUACAGGUACUUAAUAGGAACAAUUGAGUGUUAAACAUUUUCACUGGCUGACAUAAGGAAUAUAUUGACUGUACUAUUAUUGUUAGGUGACUGUAGGAAUGGAUCAGAUCAAAACCACAUCACAGGAUUUGUUAUUUUCUAAAUAUCACUAUAUAACCUGAGGAAGUAGAAUAUGAUUUAAAAUACUUGUUGUUGUAGAACCUAUGUAUAUCAGGAAUACAAAUGGUUAUAUAUACCAUAUUGACACCAGAGGUGCUUUUCAACAAUCUCCUAGAAAUGAGUUUACACUGACCUUAGUUUGAUUUAAGUCAAGUGUGCAUCUGUGUGACUGUCUUUCUGGGGCGGCAGGGUAGCCUAGUGGUUAGAGCGUUGGACUGGUAACCGGAAGGUUGCUAGUUCAAAUCCACGAGCUGACAAUGUACAAAUCUGUCGUUCUGUCCCUGAACAGGCAGUUCAGGGCUGUCAUUGAAAAUAAGAAUUUGUUCUUAACUGACUUGCCUAGUAAAAUAAAGGUUCAAACAUUUUUAAAUUCUGGAUUGGAAAGAUGCCACUAAGAAAGUGAUGUUGAAAAGAUUGAGAUUAAAAUGGAGAGGUCCAAGUGAACUCAAGCCUAAACAAAGAGGUUAGCUAUAGCUACAUGAUAUACUUAAGGUAUAUGGCCAAUAUACCAUGACUAAGGGCUGUUCAUAUGCGCAACGCGGAGUGCCUGGAUUCAGCCCUUUAGUCUUGAUAUAUUGGCCAUAUACCACAAACCCCUUUGUCUUAUUAAGCAAUAAGGCACGAGGGAGUGUGGUAUAUGGCCAAUAAGGGCUGUUCUUAGGCACAACGCAUCGCGGAGUGCCUGGACUCAACCCUAAGCCGUGGUAUACCACAAACCCGAGGUGCCGUAUUGUUAUAAACGGGUUACCAACUUAAUUAGAGCAGUAAAAUACAUGUUGUCAUAUCCAUGGUAUACGGUCUGAUAAACCACGGCUGUCAGCCAACCAAUUUAUUGUAGACUUCAGAGUAUGAGAGAGACCAUGUUCAAUAGACGCUAUAGACUGACUUCUGCACUAGGUUGUGUGUAAUCAUGUAAACUUAAGGUAACAAUGAGUAGUUAUUUGUCUGUGGGUUUUUGUCAAUUGGAACAACAGUCUUCCCAAUUAUUAACUGUAUAUCCAGGUUUAUGUCCUCACCCUGCUGCUUUCCUUUCUAUGAAUGUGUUUGCCUCUUUCAUAUCGCUUGGUUUUCUCCAUUCCUCCCUAAGUGCCUGACCGGGUGUGUGGACUGUCGUUGUCCUGUGGAUCUAACUUGUCUGUAGUGGUUGCACUAGGCUAUCCUGCUGGAUCUUUGUGUUUUUGUUGUGGGACAUUGUUACUAGAUUUUUACAAUAAACUCCAUCUGUGUUCCA